UUUUUCCUUCCCGAAGUUUUUCUCUCCUGAACUUUGUGUCUGACGCUGAUCGUCUCCGUGUGAAGCUCUGUGUUAAGGUGAAGGUAGAAAGUGUGUGUGAGCUGAUGUGAAUUGAGCAGCAUGGAUCAGUGUGAGGACAGAGAGGAGGGAGUCCCUCCCUCUAAAAGCACUCUGUGUGGAGAACAUGAGAGCCAGAUCAAAGCUCAGAGGAACCAGCCUGGACCUCCACCCAGCUCUGUGUCCUUACAGAGUGACACAUCUAAAGAUGCCAUCAUUGAUUUUAAAGUCCAGCCUGUGUCUGCUGCAGAGAGAGGUCAGAGGUCACAGUCUGCAGGGUCCAGCUGUUCGUCUGUGAGGAGUGACCGGUCCAAUGAUCACCCUCCAUUCUUCAGUGCUGAACCUGGACCAACGAGAGUGGAGGUUCCCAGUGGUCAGUCUGCCCAGCAGCAUCAAACACAGCUGGACUCCAUAUUUAUGCUGCUGGAGGACAACAUCAUUACUUUUGUGAAGAACGAGCUGAAGAAGAUCCAGAAGGCUCUGAAUCCAAAUAAGCCCCAGUGCUUGGAGUUUCAGAGGGAGGAUGAUGAGCAGAGGAAACACAGCAGAGAGGCAUUUGUGAAGAUCACAGUGGACUUCCUGAGGAGAAUGAAGCAGGAGGAGCUGGCUGACCGUCUGCAGAGCCAACUUGAAGCUGCAGUUUGUCAUCGUAAACUAAAGUCUGCUCUGAAGAAGAAGUUCCAGUGUGUGUUUGAGGGGAUCGCUAAAGCAGGAAACCCAACCCUUCUAAAUCAGAUCUACACAGAGCUCUACAUCAUAGAGGGAGGGACUGCAGAGGUCAAUGAUGAACAUGAGGUCAGACAGAUUGAAACAGCAUCCAGGAAACCAAACAGACCAGAAACAACAAUCAGACAAGAAGACAUCUUUAAAGCCUCACCUGGAAGAGAUGAACCAAUCAGAACAGUGCUGACAAAGGGAGUGGCUGGCAUUGGGAAAACAGUCUUUACACAGAAAUACACCCUGGACUGGGCUGAAGACAAAACUAACCAGGACAUCCAGUUCAUAUUUCCAAUUACUUUCAGAGAGCUGAAUGUGAUGAAAGAGGAAAAGUUCAGCUUGGUGGAACUUGUUCAUCACUUCUUUACUGAAACCAAAGAAGCAGGAAUCUGCAGCUUUGAAGACUUCCAGGUUGUGUUCAUCUUUGAUGGUCUGGAUGAGUGUCGACUUCCUCUGAACUUCCACAAAACUACAAUCCUAACUGACCCUAGAAAGUCCACCUCAGUGGAUGCGCUGCUGAUAAACCUCAUCAGAGGGAAACUGCUGCCCUCUGCUAACCUCUGGAUAACCACACGACCAGCAGCAGCCAAUCAGGUCCCUCCCGACUGUGUUGGCAUGGUGACGGAGGUCAGAGGGUUCACUGACCCACAGAAGGAGGAGUACUUCAGGAAGAGAUUCAGAGAUGAGGAGCAGGCCAGCAGGAUCAUCUCCCACAUAAAGACAUCACGAAGCCUCCACAUCAUGUGUCACAUCCCAGUCUUCUGCUGGAUCGCUGCUACAGUUCUGGAGGAUGUGCUGGAAACCAGAGAGGGAGGACAGCUGCCCAAGACCCUGACUGAGAUGUACAUCCACUUCAUUGUGGUUCAGGCCAAAGUGAAGAAGGUCAAGUAUGAUGGAGGAGCUGAGACAGAUCCACACUGGAGUCCAGAGAGCAGGAAGAUGAUUGAGUCUCUGGGAAAACUGGCUUUUGAUCAGCUGCAGAAAGGAAACCUGAUCUUCUAUGAAUCAGACUUGACAGAGUGUGGCAUCGAUAUCAGAGCAGCCUCAGUGUACUCAGGAGUGUUCACACAGAUCUUUAAAGAGGAGAGAGGACUGUACCAGGACAAGGUGUUCUGCUUCAUCCAUCUGAGUGUUCAGGAGUUUCUGGCUGCUCUUCAUGUCCAUCUGACCUUCAUCAACUCUGGAAAAAAUCUGCUCACACAGAAACAAACAACGUCCAUAUGGUCUAUAUUGUUUCGAAAACAAGAACCAGAAAAAGAAGUAAAAUCUGUAGAGAAACACUUCUACCAGAGUGCUGUGGACAAAGCCUUACAGAGUCCAAAUGGACACCUGGACUUGUUCCUCCGCUUCCUCCUGGGUCUUUCACUGCAGACCAAUCACAGUCUCCUACGAGGUCUGCUGACGGAGACAGGAAGUAGCUCACAGAUCAAUCAGGAAACAGUUCAGUACAUUAAGAAAAAGCUCAGUGAGAAUCUGUCUGCAGAGAAAAGCAUCAAUCUGCUCCACUGUCUGAUUGAACUGAAUGAUCGUUCUCUAGUGGAGGAGAUCCAACAAUACAGGACUUCAGGAAGUCUCUCCACAGGUAAACUGUCUCCUGCUCAGUGCUCAGCUCUGACCUUCAUCUUACUGUCAUCAGAAGAAGAUCUGGAUGAGUUUGACUUCCAGAAAUACUCUGCUUCUGAGGAGGCUCUUCUGAGAAUGCUGCCAGUGGUCAAAGCCUCCAACAAAGCUCUGUGA